AUGGCUCGAGGUUCCAGCCCCGGGUCUGACAGCACUGGCUCCGUCACAGUGAGGUCGGCCACCGGCGACAGAGAUGCGUUGUAUGUUACAGAAGAGGAGCUGGCUGGUGACGACGAGGACAUGCCGACCUUCCCAUGCACACAAGAGGGCCGGCCGGGGCCCCGCUGCAGCCGCUGCCAGAAGAACCUGUCUUUGCACACGUCGGUGCGGAUUCUUUAUCUCUUCCUGGCCCUGCUCCUGGUGGCCGUGGCCGUGCUGGCCUCUCUGGUUUUCAGGAAAGUGGACUCUCUCUCUGAAGACAUCUCCCUGGCCCAGGCCAUCUAUGACAAGAAGCUGAUGUCCAUGCAGGAAAAUCUGCAAGGCCUGGAUCUGAAAGCCCCAAACAAUUGUUCCUUCUGCCAUGAGGCUGGGCAGCUGGAGCAAGAGAUCAGAAAAUUGCAGGAAGAGCUGGAAGGAAUUCAGAAGAUGCUUCUGGCCCAGGAGGUCCAGCUGGACCAGACCUCUCAGACCCAUGAACUGCUCUCCACCACCAGCAGUCAAAUCUCCCAGGAGAUGGGCAAUUGUUCCUUCUCCAUCCACCAGGUCAACCAGUCUCUGGGGUUCUUUCUCACUCAGGUGAGAGGCUGGCAGGCCACCACAGCUGGCCUGGACCUCUCUCUGAAGGACCUCACCCAGGAGUGCUAUGAUGUCAAGGCUUCUGUCCACCAGAUCAACUUCACUGUUGGGCAGACUUCAGAGUGGAUCCAUGGGAUCCGGCGGAAGACUGAUGAGGAGACCCUGACCCUCCAGAAGAUUGUCACUGACUGGCAAAACUACACCCGGCUCUUCGGCAGCCUGCGUACCACAUCGGCCAAGACCGGAGAAGCGGUCAAGAACAUCCAGGCCACCCUGGGGGUCUCCUCACAGCGCAUCAGCCAGAAUUCCGAGAGCAUGCAUGACCUGGUGCUGCAGGUCAUGGGCUUGCAGCUACAGCUGGAUAACAUCUCGUCCUUCCUGGACGACCACGAGGAGAACAUGCACGAUCUGCAGUACCACACCCACUAUGCCCAGAACCGCACAGUGGAGAGAUUCGAGACGCUAGAAGGACGCAUGGCUUCUCAUGAGAUCGAGAUCGGCACCAUCUUCACCAACAUCAACGCCACCGACAACCACGUGCACAGCAUGCUCAAGUACCUGGACGACGUGCGGCUCUCCUGCACGCUGGGCUUCCACACCCACGCCGAGGAGCUCUACUACCUGAACAAGUCCGUCUCCCUCAUGCUGGGCACCACAGACCUGCUCCGGGAGCGCUUCAGCUUGCUCAGCGCCCGGCUGGACUUCAACGUCCGCAACCUCUCCAUGAUCGUGGAGGAGAUGAAAGCUGUGGACACGCGGCAUGGAGAAAUCCUUCGCAAUGUCACCAUCCUGAGAGGUGCCCCCGGCCCCCCCGGACCAAGAGGACUCAAAGGAGACACGGGCACGAAAGGGCCUGGUGGCAGCAGAGGACCGAAAGGAGACCCUGGCAGCUUGGGGCCCCCGGGACCCCAGGGUCCUCAGGGGCAGCCUGGAGACACAGGACCCAUGGGGGAAAGGGGACCGGUUGGCCUUCGGGGUUUCCCAGGCCUCAAAGGCUCAAAGGGCAGUUUUGGAACUGGAGGCCCAAGAGGACAGCCAGGCCCGAAAGGGGACAUGGGGCCCCCAGGGCCAGAGGGGCCCCCAGGGUCUCCAGGGCCCUCAGGGCCUCAGGGAAAGCCAGGGAUUGCUGGCAAAACAGGGUCACCAGGCCAGCGGGGGCCCAUGGGGCUUAAGGGUGAACCAGGGAUCCAGGGGCCCCCUGGCCUCCCAGGGCCCCCAGGCCCACCAGGAAGCCAGAGCCGCUACUAA